GGGUUUAGAGCAGAACGACAAAGCAAGCUUUCCACCAGCGGAGUCGAAGAUACAGCUGCUAUUUUUUUGUUUGGCGUCCAACAUGAGCCACUGGUCCAAGUGGUACACAAAAAUACAGGUUUCCGAGGAACAAGCGGUGUCGGCCAAGGCGGCCAUGGGAAGACCCUCAGCUUAAAGUCAAAGAGGCCCAUUUCGGAAGCUGAAUCAAUCGUCGGCGCCAUCAAAUCUGCAGCGCCAGCGGCGGAGCAGGUGAUUACAGUUGAGAAAUCAUUAGCAGCGGCGAUGGGUUCAUCGUUGUUGGAUGCGGCGGCAGCCAAGGUGGUCAAGGCGGCGAAUAGGAGGGUCUGUUUGACGAGGUUUAAGAGUAGGUGCGGCAGCUCUUUCUGCGGUUCUCAUAGGUACCCAGAAAGAACCACGAUUGCGACUACGAUUUCAAGGAAGCUGGGAAGAAUACAAUUGCUGAAGCAAAUCCGAUCAUCAAGGAUAAAAUGGAAUUAUGGAUUCUCAGUUGUCACAUAUUUGGUACUUCUUUUGAACCGUUUUUAUAGCUUUUCUUAUAAACUCUUUUGA